GAAGCACUUGAAGAGCAAACUCAAGACGACCUCUCGAAGUGUGCCCGAGCACGUCUAAGGAAUGUGAAAAUAAAGGGAAACCUGGAAGCUUCCUUCUUCAGCAUGUCCAUCGUCAUCAUGAGCAUGAUGCCGAAAUCAGCAUGGCGGGAUUGCUGUUCCAAAACAAUGCUCUCAUGGUACUCAAUCAAGACAAGAAUGCCUUGGAAUGUCAUCCUGAUGUUCGGUGCAGUGGGCUCGUUCACCAAGCUGGCGACGCACUAUCAGCUAGUCAAGAAAUUCUUCGACAAGCUGGGCACUCAGUUCUGGACUCAUGGCUCGAAAAAGGCAAACCAAUACAUUCUGAUGUGCGUGGCAGCCGUCUUUUCUGAGAUUAUACACAGCGGCGCGCUGGCAGAAGCAAUGGCUCCGAUCGUUAUUAAUAUUGCGACCGACUCGGGGGCACCACCUGUGUUCUACUUGGUGCCCGUGAGUCUCGCAGCCUCAGUGAACAUCAUCAUGCCAAUCUCACUGCCGCUGAUUAUCAUACGGGAGUACCUGGACAUCCCCUGCCUGCAGAUGUUCGCUUAUGGUGCCGGGCUCAAAUUCAUCGUCCUGGCGGUAACCUUUGCGUCGAUGAACACUUUGGGCACCCUCGUCUUCGCUGGGAACCAAGUGCACAAAAGCUCGGCAGCUGCUCAUUUUCAUCACUUAACGGGCAUGUCUAAUUUUACGAAUUAG